AUGAAUGAGGACUUCGAGUAAAUUGAAGAUAAUUAAACAGAUUCAAAUCUUAUGUUAAAUAAAUAGAGAACCCUUAGCAAUUAUUAAUAAGAUUCAGAAUUCGCAACUAGGGUAAUUACUAACUAAUCUGAAUCAAACCAAAAAAAAUAAUCAAUUAUAUUAAUUGAUCAUUCUGAACAUUAAGACUUUUAGGAAUAAUAAAAUUAUUUUAAACUAGACAAAAAUGUAGAAAAAAAAGGAUUAGAACAUAAAAAUAUAAGAUUUUUAUCUUAAUAAAAAAAGAGUUCAUAGAUUGAAAAAUUUUAUCACUCUUAAACAAGAAUACAGAUUUAAGAUGAUUCAUCAUAUUAAAAUCAUUAUUGCAAUAGCUAUAUGCAAAGUUUAAAAAAAUAUAAUUAAUUAAAAAGUAAUGAUUAUCAGAAUAUAAGUGCUGGACAUGAUGAUUAUAAUAGUGAUAAUGUUGAUGAAUUAUAAGAAUAAAGAAAAUAAAAAAUAAGAGAAUUAGAAUUAUAAAUUUAGGUGGCUUAAAUAGAAAUAGAUGAAUAAGACGAAAAAAUUAAAUUAAAUAAAGGUAUGAUCACUACCUUUGAAAACUUUAUGCUUAAAGAUUAUAAUUAUGAGGAAUUUAAGAAAAUUUUAUAGUCUGAUAGCAAUUUUAAAACGGAUAAUAUUUUGAUUACUCAUCUCAUUAAUAAACUAAAAUAAUUAUUACAAGAAUUCUAGAAUUCAAUUAUUGAUAGAAUUGAUAGAUUUGAUGGUAAAACAGAAUUUGAAAAAGAUUAUAACGGUGAUUAAAAUAGAAAUUCAAAAGUAAAUGAUCAACCAUUAGAUAUAAUUACAAGGGAAUUCUAAAUUUUCUCACAAUAAUAAUAAUAAUAAAUAGAUAUUUAAGAUAAUAAAGAUUAAAUCAUAAAUCAAGAUUUUUUAUUGACAAACAAUAACUUAAAUUCACUAAUACUUUCUAUUAAUGAUUAAACAAAAUUGUUACGUGAUGUUUUGUAAAAAAGUUGUUGUUUAAUAAUAAAAUUUAAUUGUGAAAUAUAUAAUGGCCUUUAAGGAAUGUCCAAAAAUAAAAAUUAGCUUGAAUAAAUUGGAGAUUUAACAAAGUCUGUAAAGUAAAUAAUUUAAUAAAUUUAAUCAAUAAUUAAUCAAUAAUUGGAUCUAUAAUAAAUUUCAACUGAAAACGAUCAAAUUUUGCUUUUAGAUUUGUUGAAAUAGCUAAUAAAUAAAUAAGAAAAAGCAAAAUAAUUUCAAAAAUUGUUUGAAUAACUUAUAUUUUAAAGAAUUGAUCUUGUUCAGCAAAGUGAAGAAAAUUUAAGAGAAGAAAUGGUAAAAAGAUUACAAUCUUUUAAUUGA